GACUGCUGGUGUUGCAGACGGGACGUGUCGUGUGCUACGGAGGGUUAAAGUAAAGUUUUGCGUUGAGUUACUACCUUAUCUGGGCUAUUUGUCUUCCAAGAAUUCCACUAAAAGGACGAUAAUUUGAUAUAACCGAGGGAAGAAGUUGCACCAAACAGAGAGAGACACUUGGCAUUGGUUUGCAGGUUGCAUGGUUGUCUGGACUUGAUGCAUGGCAGUUGCAUGACCGCAGUAGGCCUUGUGGGACUGAGAGCACACAGCUGCAGCCAUGGCUCAAACCAUGCACAUGAACGGCAAUGGCCCAGAAAAAGGGCAAAGAUGUUCAAGCACAGGAGACGAGAAGGACUCUGUGGCGCCCUACUAUGUUGAAACUCCCUACGGUUAUCAGCUGGACCUGGACUUUCUCAAAUAUGUCGAUGACAUUGAGAGGGGCAACACCAUCAAAAAGCUGAGUAUUCAGAGGAAACCCAAACUGGCCAAACCCUUGUCUCUGCCGCGGGGCAGCACUGGCGGGGGAAGUGCUCUGGCUGAAUGGACCUCCACAGACUCCUUGUCCUCCUCCAACAGCGACGGCAAGCAGUCCCCGGUCUUCUUCAGCUCCAGGCCCCAGGUCUCUGCACCUUUGACUCCCACCCUCCCCAGGGCAACCAGUGAAGUCCCACUGCAGCAGACCUAUCUGAACAUCACGGAGCAGAAACAGCUACUGCCACCUCCUUCGCCAAGGUUUGUCCCCCGUCACAACCCACAAGUGGAGAGGACCCUCAUGGAGACGCGUUUUCGGCUUGAACAGGAGCGUCUGCUCAUGCAGCCGCACGGCGAGCCGCCCAUGCCUCGUCGCCGUCUUGCCAGCUUUGGUGGCAUGGGCUCCAGCAGCUCACUGUCCUCUUACUCAGGCUCCAUGGGCCCUAGCCAGAUAUCUCCAAGCACCCAUCCUCCUCCCCCCAUCAAUGGUCACCUCCCUAAUGGAGAGUAUAACCCUUACUACCCGCCAUCCAUGGGCAGCUCCAUCCGUCACAGCCCCAUGAGCUCCGGCAUGGCAACACCCGUCACAAAUGUCAGCCCAUUACACCUUCAACAAAUCCGGGAGCAGAUGGUUGUGGCCCUGAAGAGGCUGAAAGAGUUAGAGGAGCAGGUGAAAACCAUUCCUAUCUUACAGGUUAAGAUUGCUGUUCUCCAGGAAGAGAAAAGACAAUUGGCUGCUCAGUCCAAAAAUCAAGGUCCUGGUGGCUUCCGCAAGCGCUCCUACAGUGUAGGCAGUGCAGACCAAAUGGAGAACCAAGCCCCCAUCCAAAAAGAGACAGAGCUUCACAUCAUGGAGCCUGAGGCCCAGGAACAGAGUGCUCAGCGGCUGGAGGAGUUCAGACGUCUGGCUGCUGAGGUCCAAGCUCUGGAGAAGACUUCCAUGGAUAAUAAUGUUAAUGAAAAUCAGCCUCAUAAAAUCACACAAAACCAGGCCCACCAAAAGUCCAUUGGCAUAGUAACUGAUGAGAACAUGAACAACCUCCCUGCUAGUCAGAGGAAGUUAACAAAUGAACACUGUUCCCGGGAUGCAGGAGUAAUAACAGACCAACGGGAAGUGCGUAGCGCUGCGGUUGGUGUGACUGAGGCCAUGCUGGGAAUGACCACUGAGGCGGAGAAGGAGAUUGAGUUCCAGCAGCAGACCAUCGAAGCCCUGAAGGAGAAGAUCUACCGGCUGGAGGUGCAGCUGAAAGAAAGCACUCACCAAAUCGAGAUGGGAAAGCUGAAGCUUGAGCUUCAAGCUGCUGGAGGGUCAAAUAAGAAAAAGGCGGACAAAGGUCUGAUGGCUCGGCCUGAAAUGUACAAUGCCUGUGUGGAGGCUAAAGUCCAGACACGCAGCCAGGGUGUGGGAGACCAUCUGGACCUCAGCACAGCUAAAACACCACAAACCCACACUAUUGGAGUUUCCUGUCAGCCCUGUGUGCAGAGUGUGUCCUCUGGCCCAGAUAUCCCGAUGGACCGAUGGGUGGUGCACGAGCGUAAGGAGGUAAAUGACCAGUGUGUAGGGAGACAGGUGGAGAUGUGCCACCAGCAGGUAGGCGUGGAGCUGAAUGUUUGUGAGGUUGGAAUUAACACAGAGGAAUCAGUCGAUAACUUAGCUCUCUGUAAAGCCAUGACAGAGCAGAGCAAAGAGUCAAGAACAGUCGGCUGUGGAGAUUGUUCUGUGGAUGUAGUAGUCAGUCCCAAAAAGACGCUGGUGACACGAGGAACUAACCCAGAUGUUGUCAGUAAAGUGGACUUUGGUGCCAUGGCUGCUCCUGAGUCAGCCAGUCAGCAGACAAACACUGAAAUUGAGGUUAUGAAUAGAUCUACCAACACAAAGACGGUUGUGCUGACUGACUCUUCCACUGAUAUGAUGUUGGCUACUUGUGACAAGCAAACCAACACAGUUGUGACUGAAACCAGGACAGUCGCUGCAGGAGAAGGACUUGUCAAAGAUGUUCAUGCAACAGCAAAGACUCGUUCGAUUGCUGUUGGAACAGAUGCAGAGUCAUUCCUUAGCAAAUCAAGCUCUACGAAAACCAAAGAAUGCGGGGUGGGGCCAUUUAGCAUCCACGAAAACUUCUUGGUUGGAAAAAAAACCAGGAACAUUGCAUGUGGCCCCUCCCAGCCCACUGACUCUGUCAUAAGCUGCAGCAAAAAGACUGUGGAGACCGAAACCAAGACUGGGGCUGCCCCAUUGCAAGCUCAGGCCCAGGGGGGAGCCGGACUGGACCAUUACAUCGAGAGGGUGCAGAAGCUACUGCAGGAGCAGCAAAUGUUACUUGCAGAGAACUACAGCGAGCUUGCAGAUGCUUUUGGUCAGCCCCAGUCCCAGUUUGGAUCCAUUAACAGUCAGCUUGUCAGCACACUCUCGUCCAUUAACACUGUGAUGAAGUACGGCAGCGUGGAGGACAUCCUGAAGCUGCAGUCAGACGCUGAGAACUCAAACAAAGAGGGCUCUCAGCAGGCCUGUGUCCAGUCACUGUCCGUUCAGAUGGAUCAGGCACAGAUGGAGAAGAUCUCAUUGGGCCUGACGUCUGCAGAAAAGCCUGCCAACACACCUGCACAGCAGCAGCAGAUCAGUGCAGCAGAGCAGAAGAGCCGAAUGGACCUGCAGAUGUCUACAGCACUACAUGGGCAGCCGUGCAGCCAGAGCACGCUGAAAUCCAUCAUGAAGAAGAAAGAUGGCCGAGCUGAAUCCAACGGCACUAAGAAGAACCUGCAGUUUGUUGGGGUGAAUGGAGGCUAUGAGACUACAUCGAGUGACGACUCCAGCUCGGAGGACAGCAGCUCCUCUGGGUCAGACGAGGAAGAAGAGGAUGAGGAGAAGGAGGAGCACCAAGGAAAGAGGGAAUACAAGAACGUGGAGGGAGGGAGCAGCAGGGAGGAGUUCCAGCCUGAGGGAGACGAGGAUGUGGAUAAGAAGGAUGAAGAGGAAAGUUCAGGGAAGCAGGAGAAGAGAGAGAGGUGCGCUACUGAGUAUGAACUGAGUGAGAAGAUGUUAGCAGCAUGCAGUGUUCUCAAGAAUCACCUCAGUGACCCGAAAGCUGUGAGCAGUAAAGAUGUGAGAGCAUGUCUGAACACGGUGCAGCACGAGUGGUUCCGUGUGUCCAGUCAGAAGGCGGCGUCUGCAGCCAUGGUAGAAGACUACCUGGGAGGAUUUGGGGCUGUCUCCCCAGCCGUACUGCGCCAUAUUGUGAAUAUGGCAGAUGGAAAUGGUAACACAGCGCUGCACUACAGCGUGUCGCACUCCAACUUCCAGGUUGUGAAGAAGCUGCUUGAUGCAGAUGUGUGCAAUGUGAACCAGCAGAAUAAGGCAGGAUACACGCCCAUCAUGCUGGCAGCGUUGGCUGCCGUGGAGACGCCAAAGGACAUGCACAUUGUGGAGGAGCUCUUUAGUAAAGGAGACGUAAACGCUCGAGCCAGCCAGGCUGGCCAGACGGGGCUGAUGCUGGCGGUCAGUCAUGGCAGGAUGGACAUGGUUCGGGCUCUGCUGGGUCAUGGUGCCGAUGUCAACAUCCAGGAUGAUGAGGGCUCCACUGCACUGAUGUGUGCCAGCGAACACGGCCAUGUGGAGAUUGUUAAACUGCUACUGGCUCAGCCGGGCUGUGAUGCCACGCUGAGUGACAGUGAUGAGAGUAACGCCCUGUCCAUUGCUCUGGAAGCAGGACAUAAGGACAUCGCUGUACUGCUUUAUGCACACGUCAACUUCUCCAAAGCCCAGUCACCGGGGACCCCUCGACUCGGCAGGAAGACAUCACCGAGCCCCACACGGAGGAGUAUGUUCGAUUAGAGGCCCUGCCUCCCCCAACAAACCCUGUGCUGCUAUUGGUUUAUGUUGUACGAAGCCUUACCCCGAGCUGGAAGAGGGACUGAAUCCAAAACAACCAACCAAUGAGAUUUCUGGAAACAAUUUUAAAUUGACAAAUACGCACCGAAGCCCAAAGUGCCCUUUAACGUGAAUGUAACCAGCCGGUGCCUUGAGUCCCAUCAGAAAUUUUUCUACACACUGACAAGGACUCAAGUUCAACUACAUACCGCCUUUUUUCACUUUUUUUUUUUUUUUUUCAUUUUUGUUUUUAUUUUCUUGUUUCCAUUACAAAUUGACAACUUUUUUUUAAUUCCUGAAGCUCAAUGUUGAUCAUUCAUGAGCACCAAAACAUCAUUAUUUUGAUUUAUUUUUUAUUCUAAGCUUAUCAGAGUAGACAGAUGGAGAUAAUCCACCCACAUGUUAGAGGAAGUAUUUCCUGUAAUUAUAUCGCUCACCUCAGUAUCACAUGUGCACAUCUCCUCAGCACAUGUUUAGCUCAUGUGGAUGAAUACAUCAAAGAGUAGAUGUGGUGACCUAGACUGGAGAAAUUGUACUUUUAUAUAAAUCCUUUGUAUCUAUUUAAAAAGAAGAAUCACAGUAUUUUGAAUAUUUCCUCUUACUACAUAACAACCCAUGAAGUUAUAUAUUUAUCAAAGUAUUGUUUUUAAUGCAGAUUUAUGUAUUUCAUUGUACAUACGCUGGUCAGUAGAGUUUAGUUUUUCUCUUUUUUGUCUUUGUGUCCCGUUUCUGUCUCUCAUGUGUAAGAUAAACCGUCUGUCCUACUCUAGUGUUCAUCAAGGUGCUGACUUUCAUCCUCCAAUGAGAAUUGAAGUGCCUGAGACUUUGCCAUAUAACAAUAAACAUCAAUAAAAGAAUAUGCAACAGCA